CGGAAGGUUUGAGGCGUAUCUUGGGCCGCCUCUCUUUUUAAUUGACUGCGAACGACAUUUUGUCUGCAGUUGCCGGGUCCACUGCCUAGAAUAUUUCAUCUGAACUCCGGAAUCAGACUAAAUCAUGAAAAUCUGGACAUCAGAACACAUAUUCAACCACCCAUGGGAGACUGUAACCAAGGCAGCAAUGCAGAAGUACCCCAAUCCCAUGAACCCGAGUGUGAUUGGAGUGGACGUGCUGGACAGGGGAGUGGACACGCAAGGUCGUCUCCACAGCAGCCGGCUUCUCAGUACAGAGUGGGGUCUUCCGUCCAUUGUCAAAUCUCUGAUUGGGAACACAAGAACGUGCACAUACAUCCAGGAACAUUCGGUGGUCGAUCCCAAGGGGAAGAUGUUUGAAUUAAAAUCUACCAAUCUCACGUUUACCAACUUGGUGUCUGUCGACGAAAGGCUUGUCUACAGACCGCACCCCCAAGACCCAGAAAAGACAAUAUUGACCCAGGAGGCCCUCAUCUCUGUGAAGGGAGUCAGCCUGAGCAGCUACCUGGAAGGUCUCAUGGCCAGCACAAUCUCAACAAAUGCUGGCAAGGGCCGUGAGGCGAUGGAGUGGGUUAUCCGGCGGCUGAACACAGAGAUCGAGGAACUGGCCGCGACUGCACGGGGCUCCAUCCGGACGCCCAUAGCUGCAGCGGUCACGGAGGAAUGACCCACACUAUGAAGACCCCAACCCCCCCAGGAACCACCACCGUCACCCACUCUGCUCUGACUGCAGAGGGGUACUCCCUGUCUCCAGCAAACCCUCUCUCUGCCUCGCCGUGCUCACCUCAGCUCUGUGUCUCCACACUGGCAUCAGCUGUCUUCGUCUGAUGUGCUGGGCGACGCCGAGGGAGGCGGGCAGUAUUUAUUACCAGGCAGUCAGACUCUGACACAGCACUGGGGGCACGGAGGGGAGAAAGUGGUCUUGAUGAGGUGCUUAGUGAAAACAAGUGGAGGUCUCUGUCAAGCCAGCACAAGGUUGCAUUUUUGCAUGCCGUUAAAUGCAUUGACAACAUUGCAAUGAAGACAAUGCUUAUGGAAUUCAGAUGAAACGUGCAUAAGCUGGAUCCUGGAUGAACACCUCUGUCAGGCCCCAUGUGAGCUGCCUGUCUGACUGGUUCCCAGUGCUGUGUCUUUGUCUGUCUUGCCUGCAGCAUAUACCACACUUGCUUGGUUGCCUAGGCAAGUAUCUCUGCACUUGAAUGUCAAGUACUGUAGAUUUCUAUUAUAAUUAAUAAUAUUUUAUUUUCAAAGUACAAGCUGAAAUGAAGGGAACAUGUUUAACAAAGGAAAUCCUGAUUUGUGGGAGUUUCUUCUGGUUUACAGAGGACCAUCUCAAAUGCCAUGAAACGGCUUAGGGGGUAGCUUUUGGCCUCGCUGCUUGUAUUGAUAUGGCACGGAGGGAUACGACGAGGAAGUCUGUAAAGGGCUGAGUGUAAAAUAAACGUGCAGUUUUCCAGAACAUUCCUGGGAAGGCAUGAGUUUGGUGUUGUCGUGCGUCUGCGAUGGCCCUCUGACGCCAUGCCGAGAUAUCACAUGGAUCUCAUGUUCAUAUGCAAUUUCCGUUCUCUUACAUUUUCAAGUCCUUGUGUUUGAUAAGAACAACAUAAGAUUAUCUUUUUUUUUUUUUUUAUGUAGCUCUGGUGACUAGGAAAAGUAAACGACUAACACUUGUAGACGUGAGAGCAAUGGGCAGUUUGCUUUUUUUUCCCGUUUAUGCUACAAACGAACUUUUAAAAUUUCUUUAAAACUUUUAACAUGAUACUGCAGCGUAUUGGGGACAGCUUAAAGCAUUUAUACGCACAAUGACUAAAAAUGAUGGACAGUAGACAAGUUCCUUUAUGUUCUCAGUUGGGUGAGUACUGGGACGGGGAAAUGCAGGUACCUUUUGCCAGCUCUUGUUUGUGAUAUUGGGGCAAUUCCUGCUAUUCUGAUGAUGCAAAAUAAUUUAUUUAUUUAUAUAGCAAUGGAAGUGACUUGUGUGUAUCUCCUUCAGUGGCGAUGACGAAUGUGUGUUCUGUUCUGCCUGAUUCACUUCACUUAAUUGACUGGUACAUGUAAUAGUUUAUAUGUAGUUCUAAUGUAGAUCCGGAGUUAUUACCAGUAAUUAAUGAUACGUGUUGGCAGCUUAUUGUGAAUCAACAUUGUAUUCUGGUGUAUUGUUUUGUUCAUAAGUGAACUUUGGAUGCUACUGGUCUUGAAUACUCGGCUGUUAUUGGAAUACGUUUUUGUUACAGAUUGUCCAGACACAGUUUGGACAUGGGGGUGUUAUUUAAAAUGUCAUGGAAUAGACCUCUAAACUGCACUGACCUUAAUUCAGCACUUAAAGCAGUACUUUUAAACGGAAUGCCUGCUGGUGUAUGUUGCCCAUGUCAGUUUCUUAAAACUACAUUAUUUUAAUGUAGUAGUGCAGUGAUUUUUUUUUUUUUUUUAAAUUCCAGUUCAGACUCCUCUUUUGGUUAAAAUUGUCAAUUUAGGAAAAUGUUUUGGAGUUGUGUUGAACGGUGCCAAAGACGCCCCCACCUGGUGUAAAGUGAUGAUACAUGAAUACUUGCUGCUUUUCUGACUCAUCCGGUGAGAUGUGGCCGCAGAGACCAGCCAAAUCGGUGCACGUGUCAAUAGCGGCUGUUUCUGAAAUAAACUGAAGUUUUACAGUCA